CUUGGCAUUCUGGGACACAAACAGUGGUCGGUAUGAAUAGCUGUAACAGCGACAGCAGCAUCCAUCGGAUAGGGAAGGAGACGGGACAAACAAACGGCUGAGCAGCAGGCAGCGGAAAGGACAAACAGUUUUUUUUAUGUCUCUUGAAGAGGCUUCGAUUUUUCGUUCAGGCUGAGGAUCCUGCGGUUUUAUCUCUGAAAUGCAAAGGUUGGACUUUAUCCAUUAACCGUUUUGGUUAGCUAACGUUGGCAGUAAGUUAGCCCCGCAGUGAUUUGCGCCUGUCUCCGUGUUGGCUGGCUGGAUGGGAAAGCUGGUGAAGUAUUAAAAGUUCGUCCAGCUUCGUUCAUUCUCCACAUUUUAACUCGAUUUUACCCGGAGCUGAGGGAUGACGACUCUGAACAUGGCGAGUGUCGGACACAGACGCAGCAAAACUUGCUUUUUAAAGUCACUGGACUGGCAUAUCGCCCAGCUAGUUUACCCAAGAUAAACACUGACGGACGAAAGCCCGACCCUGUAAUGGCAGUUGGUGUGAGAGCAGCACAGCUGUGCGGUACUACUGCUGAACUCUUCGUCAGAAAAGCCUUUUAGGCUGGAUUUAAUAACAAACCGGGUACAAUCCCAGCUGUCACCUGAGCCCCACUGCUGCUGGUCCCCACAGGUGAUUUGAGGGGGGGGGCCCGGGGGAGGGGGGACACACAACAUGUCAGGGGUCACGACCGUGCAGCUCUUCACCAAGUUUGUGAAGCACGCACUGGGCAAGUCGCAGAUACAGCUGAACCGCUGGCUGCAGAGGACUGCCGCGGAGGAGUGUGAUAAGAUAGACAUCCUGAUAUGCAGCGCGUUUGAUGAGAGAGGGGUCGGGGCUGGGAAGACAGAUGGAGACCCCGAUAUUAUCAGCGACACGGGGGGGACAUCCUUCAGCAGCAGCGGGGAGUUCAGACACCCGUGCUGCAUCACCACCUUCUGCUUCAAGAGCGCCCUGCUGGCCUGCAUCCUGACCGCUGUGUGCUUCUCUUCAGUCGCGCUGGUGCGGCAGUACCUCAAGGACCUCCUGCUCUGGGUGGAGAGCCUGGACAGCUUUGUCGGAGCCUUGCUCUUCAUAGUUGGUUUGAUCAUUGUUUCCUUUCCAUGUGGAUGGGGAUACAUUGUUCUGAAUGUGGCAGCGGGCUACCUUUAUGGAUUCGUACUGGGCAUGGGACUGGUUAUGGUGGGAGUUUUAAUAGGGACCUUUGUGGCACACCUAGUGUGUAAGCGGUUAUUGUCUGACUGGGUCCUGAAUAAAGUUGGGAACAGUGACCAGCUCAGUGCUGUUAUACGAGUAGUGGAAGGAGGGAGCGGACUCAAAAUUGUGGCCUUAGCAAGACUCACCCCCAUACCAUUUGGACUCCAAAAUGCAGUUUUUUCGAUCACAGAUGUGUCCUUGCCAAACUACCUGGUGGCCUCCUCCGUGGGUUUGUUGCCCACACAGCUCCUCAAUUCGUACCUGGGCACCACCCUGCGCACCAUGGAGGACGUCAUCGCCGAGCAGAGCAUCAGCGGCUACUUUGUGUUCAGCCUGCAGAUCAUCAUCAGCAUUGGGCUGAUGUUCUACGUGGUCCACAGAGCUCAGGUUGAGCUGAACGCUGCCAUCGCUGCCUGCCAGAUGGAGCUCAAGUCAUCGCACAUGAAUGGCUCCUCCACCAAUCACAGCAGCUUCUCGUACUGCAGCAAGAGGGCGGCGGCCGGCGGCGGCGGAAACUGCAUCAACGUGGUGUGACGACCAGAGACUCCGGUUAGCUCCACGGACCAGAAGACUCGGCUUUUAAGACCGGACAGCUUAAGAAGGAGCCCACUGAGUUCUGGAGUCCAGAGCGUACUGGUGGCAAAGUUUACCAUUUAUCCUUCAUGACGUCACGUUCGGAGGGAAACCCUGAAAGUGUCUUGGUUCUGCGGUUUCUGUUGUCGACAUGUUGGGACCACGCACCCUUUGAUAAGGAAUGGUGCAGAGAGAAAUCCUUUUUGUGGUUUGUCAUCCUAAUACGUUUUAUGAGUUAAGUUUCUUUAGGUACCUCGUAAUAUCUGCUGUUACAGGAGAUGUCAAUGAAACAAUGACUUUCAGAAAUAUCAGACGUGAGGCAAAACAAGCCUCACCGGCCGCCUGGUGUUAUUAUGAAUGUGCAAUCCGGAGCUUUCUAGAGAACCAAGGAAUCGACUUUCUGUUGCCGACCUAUGCACCUUUACUUCAUGCGGUUCUGUUUCGUUUCAGGUGACUUUAUCCACACCCGGUUGCUCAUUUACAGUUUACUAACAAGGGCAUUAUGAAUACUUUGAAAUCUUUUCGCUUUAGCCGUUCGUUCUUUUUAAAGUGCCCUCGUUUCGAGAAGUCUCCAAGCUCUUUUUGCUGGUUUAUUAGUUUUGUUCUGAGCUGCCGGAACAGGAGCAGCUUUCGCAGCAGGACACUCAGGAACGCCUCUUCCAGGAAGUUUAGGCGAGGUAUGAAGCCAGGGAAGUGAUUCCGGCGUUGGAAGCACUGGGUCAGGUUUUUCCUGGAAAAUCCUAGGGUUUGAUUUUACAUCUUAGUUUACUUUUGACUGUGCGAUUGGGAGAAACAAAAAAAAAAAA